AUGUCAGCUGGUACAACUCUGCCUCAAGUAAUGCAAAAUCUAGCUAGCAAGUCCCCAAAAGCUACUCAAAACUAUUCUCCUCAAAAGAGAAUUAGAGCUACAGGCGAAGUACUCAAUUUUUUGAUUGGGGAGUUUUCCAAAAAUGCAAACCCCAAUCCUGAUCGAAGAAGGUAUAUUAGUGAGAAGGCGUCAAUGAGUGAAAAAGCUGUUCGGAUAUGGUUUCAAAACAGAAGAGCAAAACAAAGGAAAUACGAACGAAGUAGAAAAAUGGGAGGAAGACGAGGUAAUGCCGCCGAAGAAGAUGAUGAUGAAGAGGAUUUGGACGAUGGUCAGCAGCAUUGUGGUCUGGACUUUUCCACAAAUAUACAAAUACCUAUUGAAAUUAAUGAAAAGUACUGCUUUAUUGAAUGCAGCUCCUUAUCUGUCGGUUCAUGGCAAAGAAUCAAAAGUGGUGCAAUAACCCACCUUGGUCUUCUUCACAACAACCUCCUCAAUUUGUCUCCUUUUAAUCUUCUCGCUAUCAUGAACCAAGUUGAUCUUUUAGUAAUAUUGAGUAAGAAGAAUCAAGAAUUAAACUACUUUUUCCUGGCAAUAACCAACACCACCACCAACACCACCACCACGACAAGGAUUUUGUUUAGAAUUUUCUACCCGGUAAAUUCAAUCCAGCUGUGUUCAUUGCAUGAAAACUCAAUACAAAGCAAACGAGCCAAUAAUGGAGCUGGCCCCGGUAAUAACUCUAAAGAGUUGAGGAUCUAUUUAUCCCAUCAACCUAAAUUUUCAGUUUAUUUCGCUAAUAAUGUAAAUGGCAUUAACCAAUGGUCCAUUUGUGAUGAUUUCAGUGAAGGACAACAAGUAAGUCAAGCAUACUCCAAUAAUGACCCAGAUUAUUCAAAUCAAAUUGAUCAACAUUCACCUUCUCCGCCAUCAAGCGUGCCCCAUGUAAUAGUUGGCUCAACUGGCUCGUUGUCUUUUUUACAAAACCACAUUAAUCAGAAUAUUCAUAGAAACGUCAAGGUUGCUACUUCGACUCAUUUACCAACUACCGUUACACCUACUGAUUUCCUUCCGCAGGUGACAAACACAAUAAACAACAAUAUCCCUCAUCAGCAACAACAGCAUAAUAUGGAGUUUUCGGAUCUACAUUUAAACACGAUUUUCCAUAAUCAAAGCGCACCACCACCACCACCACCACAACAACAACAACAACAAGGAACAGACAUAUCAAGGUCUACAAUUUUUAUUGAUUCAAAUCAAUUAUUCACUUCAGGACCAACUACAAGUACCGCAACCAAUGAAUCACCAUUUUCGAGCACUUCUUCUCAGCAUCAAUUUUAUCAAUCGGACGAUACACCACAAUCUAUUCAAUCGCAUAACAUGCAAGGUCAAUCUAAACCGCAUUCGCAAAAUGUAAUUGCUUUGGGCAAAAUGGAUGAAGAUGAAACCCCAAUUGACUUGAACUUGAACAUGAACAUGAUUUUGAACUUGAAAGCCGCUUCAACUUCAACUUCCACAUCCACUUCAACAUCAACUGCAACUUCAUCCCCCGAUGAUGUUUUGUAUAUGACCAAAAAUGAUUAUCAGAAACAAUCAAACACUACAGUUGCAGCAGCGGCAGCGGCAGCGGCAGCAAAGCCAGCUUACACACAUACAGCGCCUUCGAAUGAAUUUAGUCAAGAAAACUGGAGUACGGGGUAUAUGAAUCACGAAUUUGGUUUAUUUGAAGAAUUCAACGGGGAUGAAAAUUCUAGCGCUGCUACUACUACUACUACUACUACUACUACUCAACAUCCUCAUUAUAGCAUUGGCCCUACAUCUGCUGCAUCUUUGGAUUUUAUCGACUUUCAAGCAUGA